UGUCUAGAUGAUUUCCUCCCAUAUGUUCACGAGGACCAGGACAUCCGCGUAUUUAUUGUUUCUAAAUUAGACCCUGACACAUGAAAUAAUAAACAGGCCAUCACCUUCUUUAUAUAAGUAUAUGCCAACCCAAACGCAUUCCACGCAAAAAACUCUAUAUUUUUUUUAGGUGUUACACAAAUAAUUACUCGCAAAAACAUCAUAGGUUUCUCUGCUUCAGUAAUGGCUACGCAGAGUGUAAUUGGGUUCAUCGGCUUGGACGAUAUCAGCUUGGAAUUAGCUACUUCUCUUCUUCGUUCUGGUUACUCUGCCCAGGCAUUCGAGGCAGGCAGUCCUUUGGUUGAUAAGUUCUCAAAGCUAGGUGGUAAAGUAUGUACCAACUCUAUUGACGCGGGGAAAGGUGUAGCUGCACUAGUCAUUUUGCUAUCUCAUGCUGACCAAAUAAAUGAUUUAAUUCUGGGUGACAAGGGUGUUUUAAAAGGAUUAAGCAAAGACACGGUCAUCAUUUUCCAUUCAAAUGUAUUACCUUCACACAUUCAGAAGCUGGAGUUAACUCUAAGAGAUUGUUAUGGAACAAACGUCGUUGUUGAUAUAUAUGUUUCAAGGGCAGUAUCAGAGGAUCUAAAUGAUAAAACUAUGAUUAUUUCCUCUGGAAGUUCAGAGUCCAUUGCUAGAGCACAGCCCAUUCUUUCUGCUAUGUGCGCAAAGCUAUACACCUUUGACGAACUCGGUGCCGGAAGCAAAGCUAAAAUGGUGAUUGAGCUUCUUGAAGGAAUUCAUUCUGUUGCUUCGGUGGAGGCCAUCUGUCUCGGUGCUCAAGCUGGGAUUCAUCCAUGGAUACUUUAUGACAUAAUAUCCAAUGCUGCUGGAAAUUCUUGGGUUUUCAAGAAUUCUCUUCCCCAGCUUUUGAGGGGCAACCAAACCAAACAUCUCUUUCUCAACAUAUUCGUUCAAAAUUUGGGUAACGUACUGGACAUGGCGAAAGCACAUAAAUUCCCCGUUCCACUUUUAACGGUUGCUCAUCAGCAACUUAUAGCAGGAUCGUCACAUCCCCAAGCACAGAGUGAUGAUGAUUCUACAUUGCUCAAGGUUUGGGAAAGUUUACUUGGGGUAAAUAUAGCUGAUGCAGUCAAUUCUAAAAGUUACAACCCUGAGGAACUGGCCAGUCAAAUUACUUCUCAAUCUGAUACUGUGAAGCGAAUUGGUUUCAUUGGCCUUGGUGCUAUGGGAUUUGGCAUGGCAACUCAACUGCUGAAAUCAAAUUUCUGCGUCCUUGGUUUUGAUGUGUAUCCACCAUCGCUAUCUCGAUUUGCAGAUGCAGGUGGCUUGACUGGAAGUACUCCUGCAGAAGUAUCUCAAGAUGUAGAUGUACUCGUAGUAAUGGUCACAAAUGAACUACAAGCCGAAAGUGUUCUUUAUGGUGAUCAAGGCGCUGUGCCAGCCCUUCCAUCUGGAGCAUCUAUUAUCCUCUCAUCAACAGUUUCUCCAUCAUUUGUUAGCCAGCUCGAGAAACGCUUGCAGAGUGACCCGAAGAAAUUGAAGUUAGUGGAUGCUCCUGUUUCUGGUGGGGUUAAAAGGGCCGCUAACGGAACCCUUACGAUAAUGGCAUCAGGUACAGAUGAAGCUCUCAAGCACACUGGUUCAGUUCUUUCUGCAUUGAGUGAGAAGCUUUAUGUUAUAAAAGGAAGUUGUGGAGCUGCCAGUGUUGUAAAGAUGGUCAAUCAACUUCUUGCUGGAGUUCAUAUAGCAUCAGCUGCUGAGGCAAUGGCAUUUGGUGCUCGAUUGGGUCUUAAUACAAGACUAUUGUUUGAUGUCAUUGCAAAUAGUGGGGGAACAUCUUGGAUGUUCGAGAAUCGCGGGCCACACAUGAUAGAAAAUGAUUAUACACCGUUGUCUGCACUUGAUAUCUUCGUGAAGGAUCUGGGCAUUGUUUCUCGUGAAGGCUCAUCACGCAGAGUACCGCUUCAUAUCGCAAACAUUGCCCACCAAUUAUUCCUGUCAGGUUCUGCUGCUGGAUGGGGCAGAUUGGAUGAUGCUGCUGUAGUGAAGGUCUAUGAGACACUGAGUGGAGUCAAAGUUGAAGGCAGACUUCCUGUUCUCAAUAAAGAAUCUGUACUGCAGUCCCUUCCUCCAGAGUGGCCAACUGAUCCCAUCAGUGAAAUUCGUACACUUACAGAGAAUAGUUUGAAGACUUUAAUUGUUCUGGAUGAUGAUCCAACUGGGACUCAAACCGUUCAUGAUAUUGAGGUCCUGACAGAAUGGAGUGUGGAGUCACUUGUGGGAGAGUUCAAAAAGAGGCCAAAAUGCUUUUUCAUUUUAACCAAUUCCCGAGCAUUGACUUCUGAGAAGGCUAGUGCAUUGAUAGCAGAUAUCUGCAGAAACAUUGAUACUGCUGCCAAGUCGGUGGAGAAAGCAGACUAUACGGUUGUUCUGAGGGGUGAUUCAACUUUACGAGGUCAUUUCCCUGAGGAAGCAGAUGCAGCUGUUUCUGUGCUGGGUGAGAUGGACGCAUGGAUUAUCUUGCCCUUUUUCCUCCAAGGAGGCCGUUAUACCAUUGGAGAUAUACAUUAUGUUGCAGAUUCUGAUAGGCUUGUACCAGCAGGUGAAACUGAAUUUGCUAAAGAUGCCGCUUUUGGAUACAAAUCUUCCAACCUCCGUGAGUGGGUAGAAGAAAAAACAAAGGGCCGCAUACCUGCUAGCAGCGUUUCAUCUAUCUCCAUCCAGCUUUUAAGAAAAGGUGGACCAGAUGCUGUUUGUGAACACCUCUGUAAUUUGCAGAAGGGUUCAACAUGUAUAGUCAAUGCAGCUAGUGAAAGAGACAUGGCUGUAUUUGCCGCUGGAAUGAUACAGGCAGAACUAAAAGGAAAGCACUUCUUAUGCCGUACUGCUGCCAGUUUCGUUUCUGCUCGAGUUGGAAUCGUCCAAAAAUCUCCAAUUUUGCCAAAUGAUAUUGGAAUAAACAGAGAAAGAAAUGGUGGACUUAUUGUCGUGGGUUCGUACGUUCCAAAAACAACAAAGCAGGUUGAAGAGCUAAAACUGCAAUAUGGUCAUGUUUUGAAGACUAUAGAGAUUUCUGUGAAUAAAGUUGCGAUGGAGUCAUCAGAAACAAGGGAGGAAGAAAUCAAUCGAGCAGCUGAACUGGCAGACGUAUACCUUAGAAAUAAUAAGGACACUCUUAUAAUGACCAGUAGAGAGCUAAUCACAGGCAAAACUCCUUCUGAGAGUUUAGAGAUCAAUUUCAAGGUAAGCUCAGCACUGGUGGAGAUAGUUAGGCGGAUAAUCACGAGGCCUCGUUAUAUUCUUGCAAAGGGAGGAAUUACCUCAUCAGAUCUUGCCACAAAAGCUUUAGAGGCAAGACGUGCCAAAGUAGUGGGACAAGCUCUUGCGGGUAUUCCAUUAUGGCAGCUUGGUCCUGAGAGCAGACAUCCAGAAGUUCCAUAUAUUGUCUUCCCAGGUAAUGUUGGCGACAGUAAAGCUCUGGCAGAUGUAGUGAAGAACUGGGCUCAUCCAGGCAGAUUAUCAACUAAGGAACUACUGCUGGAGGCUGAGAGGGGAAGAUAUGCUGUUGGUGCUUUUAACGUCUACAAUUUGGAAGGAGUUGAGGCGGUAGUUGCUGCAGCAGAGGAGGAAAAUAGUCCAGCUAUCUUACAGGUCCAUCCUAGUGCGUUAAAGGAAGGAGGAGUGCCACUCGUUGCAUGUUGCAUAUCAGCUGCAGAACAAGCAUCUGUACCUAUAACAGUUCACUUUGACCAUGGAAAUUCCAAGCAAGAGCUGUUGGAAGUUCUUGAGAUGGGAUUUGACUCACUCAUGGUAGAUGGGUCACACCUUCCUUUCAAGGAUAAUGUUUCCUAUACGAAGUACAUUUCUUCAUUGGCACACUCGAAAAAGAUGUUGGUAGAAGCUGAAUUGGGAAGAUUGUCAGGUACUGAAGAUGAUUUGACUGUAGAAGAUUAUGAAGCAAAGCUGACUGAUAUUAAUCAGGCAGAUGAAUUCAUUGAUGCGACUGCCAUAGAUGCUUUGGCAGUGUGCAUUGGAAAUGUUCAUGGAAAAUAUCCUGCAAGCGGUCCAAAUCUUAGGCUUGAUUUGCUGGAGGACCUCUAUGGCUUGUGUUCAAAGAAAGGAGUUCAUCUUGUUCUUCACGGAGCUUCUGGGCUGUCACAGGAAAUAAUAGAGGAAUGUAUAAAGCUAGGUGUCAGAAAGUUCAACGUAAACACUGAAGUGCGCAAGGCGUAUAUGGAUGCAUUGAGUAGCCCGAAGAAGGAUCUCGUCCAUGUCAUGGCUUCUGCAAAAGAAGCCAUGAAAGCAGUGAUUGCUGAAAAGAUGCGUCUGUUUGGCUCAGCUGGGAAAUCUUGUUAACAUUCUUUGCCCCUCCCCAAACUAAGAAUAAGGUGUAGAACUGUUAUCAAGCGGGCUAAUGGCCAAAAAUGCUCGGUACUUAAGUUGAGGACAAGUAAUAUUUUUAUAUGUCAUCGUUCUUACAAAUUGAAUUGAAUAUCCUGUUAAUGUGACUGCCUUAGCCUGUACAUAUAAUAAAGGUGCAAGUUGUAACACCCCACCUGCCUACUCGAACUAGUGGCAGUUUGUGAAAAGGUCGAUAAUCAUUCUUUCGUUUCCCUUCUCUUGUUAUCCAUUAUGUUUUAAGUUUCCUUGCAUCUUUGGUGCUUAUGAUUUAAUGUAAAUGACGCUAAUAAUCUUGUAAUAAGAAAGAAGAAAAUUGUCUCA